AUGCUCACGGUAAACCAAUCAUCUCAGAAAGCACGACAGAGGGAGGAGGAGCUGCUGGAAACCAUUUUGGUGAAACAUCUUGUGGCCGGCAAUGAUACUACGGCGUGGUUGAAGUGGCUCGUCGUCCGUUGCAACCCGAAGGUAAAGUUAGUUGCAGUAGGAGCUGUUGAGAACUACCGCGUGAGUUACGACCCAGGUUUCGUGCCCGCUAUGGUGGACUUCAACAUGCACUUGAACACGGGAAGCGUAAAGGGCAACUCGGAGUAUAGUCAUGAGAGAUUAUACCAAGAACUGUGGCGCAACGCCGAUGCCUAUAUCAGGAGAGGUACACACGUCUACAACCCGUCGUAUAAACUAGGACGAAUAAAGAAGCGUGCUGGAGGUCGCUCUACAUUUUGGGACGGUGACGCUGAUGCAGAAAUCGUGGAUAGACAGGUCGACUGUUCACCUUGGACCGUGAUUUAA